UGGAAGUUCUAUUCAUACAUGUCAUAACACAGCAUUACACUGGGGGAUUUGUGAGUUCCUCUUCGAAGUGUUGAAUUUGGACCAAAACAUGGGUGAUCUUCCACACAAGUGGUAUCUUCCAGGCUGGAGGAUCGAACAACGAUUUGCCCCUGGCGUUUUGAUAGGAAACUGGUCUGAAGACAGAUAUGGAUUCAACAAAGGUGAAUACAAGCACAACAGCACCCAUCGGACAGACUUCAAAGAUUACAGCCCUUGGAAGCCUGAUGUUGUUCUGCGGCGACGUGCACAGCUCAACAACGAGGGACUUGGGAAAGAGUUCAUCUUCUAUCAUCACGGAAAUAAAUAUUCAAAUAAUAUGAUCUCAUGGUAUGACGAGCAUUACAAUCAUCGGCCAAGGGAGGCAUGGGAUCAACUCCCUGAACUGCGGACGUGGGACAGCAACCAGUUAGCUUGGAUCCCGGAGAAAUCAGAUUACCCGAUGCAAGGAGCUCCAACGAGAUUCGGCUUGUACGAAGGUCUCCAGAAGAAAUGGGACUCGAUGAAAGCUAACGAAACCCACGGCGACUAUGAAACCACCUAUCGCCAUAGUUACCUGAAACACAAGAAGGCUGACCUGACAAAGGACCGAUGCGCAACACAGAAAGAGCGCUCGACAACUCUUCAUCAGUAUAACAACCAAAACAAAGACUUACAUCUUCGGAAUAUGAGCGUGAAAAAAUCACCAGAAGACACGCAGCACCUGACCACCGUCAUGGUGUAAGAUGAGAACAUUCCAAAAAUACUCCAAUCAGUUCCAUGUACGGUUUUAUAAGCCUGACAUAGUUAUUGUUGAAAUUUGUAAUUAAAACUAAAUUUCUCUGAGGGUUUAAUUUAUUGUUUAUGAUAUUAUAAUAUGAACUGGUCCGUCUAUUCAGACCCCGUACAUCUGUUGACUCUUGUGUCUUAAUCAUGAAAAACCGGGGUUGUCCAUUACAGGACCAAUCAAUAAAAUCAUGUUACCAGUACCCGAUGUCGAUUUAGAAUAGUUCAGGCAGCCUUGACUCGAACGUAAAUGCAAAAUAUUGACAUUUGAUUACCGAUACUUGUUUUGAUUCCCAUGCAUUUUUUGAAAUGGACAAGGGAUUGACUCACCAAAUGAAUUGUUGUAUGCAAUAGGCAAAUGUGACCGAUGCUGGCAAAUGAGUUGUAAUGAGUAUUUUGAAGAUUGAGUUUCAUAUUCUGUCAGAAGCUACACAUUUCCUCCUCUGACAUGAUACCUGCCUUGUAUUAGCUUGAGAUGAUGUGACGCUGACAGAAAGUUUACAGAAAGCCAUAAUGCUGCUUUCGUCAAAUCAUUUGACACUCAAAAAGACGAUCUGCACAUUGUGACUCGCCUUGCUAGCACAGGCCACGAUCCACUUGUGAUGUAGAUCUUUAAACUUUAAGCUCACAGACACUAUCGGCCUACUCCAUUGUCGCUAGAAGAAAUGGAACAUUCAAGAGAAGAUAGACACUCUUGGAUUGUACCAUUUGGGGAUUAAAGGGAAGUUGCACUUGUGAUGUACAUGUAUUCUUAGACUUUAUUUUUGAAAUUUUUGAGAUGCAAUUUUAGCAUUGCACUCAUCCGCCCAUAUCAUAAUCCGUCCAGAUGUAAUGAUAUUUAUUGAAUGACUUUGUAACAAAUUAAUAUAUUGAUGCACUUUGUAGCUAUUUAUUGUGCACUAAUUGUUGUCCGUGACAAGCUUAUGGUGCUUUUCAUCCCUUGACCCUUUCGGAACAGAAGGUGGAUUUUGCCACGAACUGAGACAGUCACCCCUGCGAAAUUCGACUGGAAAUUGUCGGCAAAAGCCGGCAAUUUCCACCUAAUUCCAAACUAUUUUUCCUUGCCAGGAGGCUGGAAUUAGCUGGAAAUUCCAGAAAAUGUCAGGGCUGGAGUUUGGCGGUAUUUUGGUAAAUGGCAGUGCCAGAAAAUGCCAGCUCUGGAAAAAGCUGGCAUAACCUGGCAUUAGCUGGAACCUUUAAAUUUCCAGAGCUGGAAUUAGGUGGAAAAAUCUUGACCCAGGCCUUCCAGCUGAUUACCAAUGUCAGGGCUGUCAUUUAUUGGAAAUAGCUGGCAUUAGUUGACAUUAGCUGGAAAUUACAAAUUCAGCAUGCAACGAGGAAUGUCAGGGCUGUCAUUUAUUGGAAAUAGCUGGCAUUAGUUGACAUUAGCUGGAAAUUUAAUAUUGAGUAUGUGACCUGCUCUACGUUUGAAUCGAUCAGAGCACUGCACACUAAUAAACAGGCGUUUUUUGUCACUCAACAGUGACUAUGAUUAGAAUCGUUGUGAUAUGCAACAAGAAGAUCUCUUGUCGUGGAGUAAAACCAAUAAUCGCUUAGUUUUGACUUUGCUGAUUGCAAUCUUGUCACACGCACCUGCGAUUAUCACCACAGACAGGCAAUUUUUCACAUGCAAACAUGAUUGCAUGUUGAUUUUGCUUGAUCCCAGGCCGUGCGGUUUCCAAUUCUAAUUCAAUUUUGAUGGCAUCUGCAAUUAUAACUGCAAACAAGCAAUUUCUGUCACACAGAAAUAUGAUUAAAGGUUGCAGGUUGAUUUUGCUUCCAACAGAGGUUGCUAGGAUGACCAGUUCUUGUUGCGGGCACCUGAAAUUAUCUAUGCAAACAAGUGAUUUAUGUCACUUGCAAACAUGAUUGCUGUGGCAUUAUCAAGUUUUGAGCAUAUGCCACUGACCUAAUCCCUUAGUUUUCUGACACAAUCUUGUCACACUGUUAUAAUGUAAAUAUCAUUCUUGGUGUGUGUUGACGAUGGACUUACACGAGCAUAAGAGGCCCUAUCAUAUAAAACGUAAGAUUAUUGCUUCACUGAGGCUCCUUGCAGACACCUCUGCCAGGCGGACACUUCCCCAUUGCAGAUGGUUAAGUUGCCACAUGACCUGGGUUGGAGUGCUCGUCAAUGCCGACUGGCGUCGUCAGGGCUCAAUGCCCAUCCUGGAGACAGCACGUCAUUUACAUCAUAGCUAAUUGUGAUCAGUUGAUACGAUGACGUCAUUGACAAUCACUGACAGGAAAAUUUUGCCUCUCGUUUAAUAAUAUAGAUAGUGCAAAGUAUUCACAUUGUAAUAUUAGGCUCGUAAGUUUGAGGAUCAUGGAUUGACCAGAUUGGUGUGAAUUGCCCCAGGGCCCAUGGAACAUAUGUAGGCCUAUACCAAUUUUAAGUCCAGACUUUACGAAACGUGCCGCGCUAACAAUACGGCCGCCACCGACGAUGGACGCCACAUCAUCGCAUAGGCUCACAAGGUGAGCCAAAUAAAAAAGAGGGGCCGUUUUAACUGGAUACCGUGACAUCAACAUGAUGUUAACCACACAUAGCACACUCUGUCACUUUGAUGUCUGGAGGGCACUGGGUUACGGACGGGGACUGACGUCCAAAAUGGAUGUCCAAAUAACAUCACUGCACGACCUUGAAAAGAAUGAUGGAGCAAGCCGACUGUUGAUUGACUCCAUAACUUACAUGAGUCAUGAGCUGUGGACAUCUCCCAUGCAAAAUCUUACAGUUAUGAUACCGUCCGGGUCUACGAUCAUGCAUACAAUAAUACAGGCUUACAGCACAUACACUGAUUCAGGCUUCUUCAUAUGCUAAAAAAACAACCUCAAGGCCUGUCCAGAUUACCCUUUUUGCAUUCAUUUGAAUCCUUAUGUGUUCCAAUUCAAUUUUUGUAAACUUUGGAUAUCUUGAUAUCGAAUUCGGGGUAAAAAUCAAGAAAUAAGAAGAGCUCCCACAUGAUUUCUUUGUUUGACUUGAAAAUUCAAACUACCAGUUCCUGUCUGAGGUGUAAUGCAUCAUGGGAUAGGUCAGGUGAUAAGACCACAUGAUAGAAUUGCAUAACAUAAUAGCAAUUUGCAUAAUGCCAGCAAAUGCCAGCUUUUUCCAACAAUUGUCAGAAACAUCGAAUUUGAAAUUUCCAGCUAAUUCCAGCUCUGACAAUCUCAUAGUAAAGUGACAGAGAUUUCCAGCGCUGGAACUUUUACAAAAAGUAAAGUUCCAGAAAAUGCCAAGAAUUUCCACCCCAUGGAUAAAGUUCCAGUUUUUGUCAGCUUUUGCCAGCUAUAACUUUUCGAUGAAACUCUCUAAAUUCAAAGUGUCAGCUUAUUCCAGCCAAGAGCUGGAAAUUCCAGCUAUUUCCAACAAAAUCCACCUAAGGUAAAAUUCAUUUCGCAGGGGCAUGGAAUUAUCACUUUGUCGAGUCUAAUAUUAGAUAUGGUCAUUUUAAUCCAUCUAAAUUAGGAGGCACUUCUUUCUUAUUCGAGUGUUUUGAGAAAACAUCCCUAGUGAAUUAUCAUUUGAUGUAUAUACCUCUGCUCUUGUUUGAACAGAACCUUUCGUAAAGACUCUCAAACAAAUGUCUUUGAGAGACAGGUCAGUCAUCAUUCAAACUGAAACCUUCUAUUCCUCAUCUUCUUAAGUGGCAGAUUCCACCCUUUCCUCGAAGAACACGGGACAAAGUCAGCUAAUGUAAUUAUUGGUGUUAAGUGAUAUUUUAUCGUGAAAUAUUUAAUUGUCUUAAUCUUUUGCUGAAUUUACAUGUUAUAUUCCAUCCAAAAUCAACAAUUUUUGGUCGACCCCCUGCUGAAUGUACUAGACCUAAACCUCGGGCCCUUCACAAUUUGUUUGGGUGGCGUUUUGUGCUCUACCUGGUCUAACAAGGUCGGAGUCCAAGCCAGAGACCAGCAAGACGUCAUGCCAUCAUUUGAGUACCGCUGCUGAAAAAGGCAACAAACAAGGUUGCAUUGUUGCGUAGCUGCUGACAGUGUAUUUUCGCUGCUGUUUAAACCGAACGCGUCCCACCGAUAACGUACAGGUUCUUUCCCAUAUUCUAACUUUAUCAGUGUCCAAGUUGUUGAUUCACACUGCUGUUAUAAUGAAUAAUAGUCCAUGCCUCUGUUUUGUGAGUUUUAUAGACAGAUCUUUCUUCUGUUGUGCGUCCAGUGAUAUAGUUGUGUUUUUGUGAUGUAAUAUUUAACCCUUUGUAAUUUAUGAACCUAUGAUGAUACUCAUUUUUGAUUGAGUUUGAGUUUGACAUGCCAAGAUGUCUGAUUGCUAUCGGGAGUGACAGCAAGUUGCAGACAAAUAGACAUGGGCUACAUGUGAGUGUAACUCAUCUAGUCGACACCAGACUGGUUCCUCUAAGGUUUUUACUCAACCCACCGCAGGUGACUUCAAUACAGUGCUGCCAUCUAGGAAUGGCAGUAAGAACUAUCCAUGUCAGAAUCUUGGUGUGUCAAGUUGUAUUCGUCCAAGCAAUACACAUCAGUGGGAAAUACUGCUAAAUUUUAUGCUCAUUUUAUCUUUAAUUCAUGUUUUGUCCACAAGUUUGCUACAAGAUUCUUCUCUCUUGUCUUAAUACCUGCCAUGACUUGGUAUGUUUGUGAAUGUACACAAGUUGUCGGGUGCAGCGCCUUCAAGAAAGGGUAUUUUGAGUGACGCUAAGGUUCAUAUUGAAUAUUUCUCGAAUUUCUUAGUCUACCAUUUUUGUGGGUUCAUUUGGGAUAACAAAAGCCAGGUAUUUUGACAGAAGAUAGAAUAAUAUUCACAUUUUUGUGUAUUAUACAGUUUUUAUUGUCCACGUGACGUGAAGUGAUGUGAUAUUGUGAUUUUGUGAUUUUUUAGACUAGAGACUUUCAUAAGGUAACUCUCUUCAAUGCAAUUACAAAUUAGCCAAUCAACUUCAGUGACUGUGGUUUGAAGUAGUUGAUUCCAUCACCACCAGGGGCACCAAUAUCUUUCCCAGGAUAUGCAAUGCUGCCAACUAGUGCAUAGUCUUUACACCAACAGAUUUCAUGCCCAAAACUUUCACUGGUUAUAAGACUGGCGCCACCUGUAAAAAUUGGUAGAACAGUCACCACCAACUACUCGAUGUCUUGCUGUAAUAGUCCCUUUAACUUAUGGUUUUGACUCUGUUCUUAAGACAAACACAGCACUUGUACAGAGCAACCCAUGCUACAUGUAGCUUGUAUUGUAACAGCUUUGCUUCUAGCGGUUUUGGGAAGAAAUAAAAUACGGGAAACUUA